UUUUACCAUCACUCGAUGGACGACAUCCCUUUUUAUGGUGUCAGCAGUCAAAGGCAUUUUAGCAGGAAACCUGUUGAUAUAAUCUUAUGACUUGCACUGAUUUGACACUUGACUUGUUGUCGCAGCCUUACAAUGCCUCAAAGCAAAUAUUGACAUUAACAUUUUUGUCGGUACAAUCGCACUGUCGUUUUCACGAAAUUGUGUUUUUUGCAAAAUAUAAUGAAGCGCACGAUUGAUAUAAUGUACGUUGCGUUCCGUGCAAAUAUUAAUUUAAGUCACCGACAUUCUCAAGUGAACUGGUGAUAAUUGAUUGGUACUUGUGCGUGCGUCUCUUGUUCAUAUCAUUCAGACCGCCAUUAGCUCUGCCGUUCGACGGAAGUUUCGUGCGCAUGCGCAUCCCGCGGCCAUAAGGAAGAGAGUGGUGAAGUGAGGCUGGAUUUGAGAAGUCGGCAAGAUGAGUAAGCUGUGCAGACAAGUGUCGAUCGAGUCGCCCGGGCCGACCCUGAAGGAGUGCGUGUUUAGCUUUGAUGUGCCUGUGCCGGACGUGCCCAUGUACGGCGCGCGUAUUCGCGUGGUGUACGCGGGCGCUUGCUACCGCGCCAAUCGGACCCGCUCGGCCUCCGUAUGCAGCACCUCCUCCGUGGGCAGCAUCGGCAGCAUCACCGGCGAGCUAGAGACCUUCGGCAUACAUUCCUCCACACCUGCACACAUCGGCAUCCGAGACGGCGCGCUGUUUCCAGGAUACGAGGUUGCUGGAGUGGUGGAUGCCGUGGGAAAGGCCGCGGAACGUACAGAUGAUAUCAAGGAGGGUACGAGGAUCGUGCUGUACCCGUACGAGGGUGUUCCACACGGUUAUGCAGAGUACAUCGUGGUACCGGACUUCAAAUGCUUGGUGAGAGUACCGGACGAGCUGCCGCUGAGCGUCGCCGCCAUGCUGCCAACUGGCGCGCUGCUUGCCAUGAACACAGUGUAUACCGCCAGCGAGUGCCUUAAGAGAGUCCUAGAGGGUCCCGACCACAAGGACAAGGCGAAGGUGUUGAUCGUGGGCACGGGCGGGCUGGCACUGUGGGCGCUUCGCAUCGCCACGCACUACUUCAAGCACGGCAAGUACCACGAGCGGAUCAGUAUAUCCGUGGCAACGCUCAAGGAUGAAGGCUUCGUGCUCGCCAGGGAGUGCGAGGAGGUGAACGUGGUGCAGUGGACGGAGGACCUGUACGAGAAGCAGUUGAUCGAGCGCACGACGGACGCGUGUGGCGGGCCCGUCGACGUGGUGCUCAACUUCGGCACCACCUCGCGCUCGCUGCACCGCUCGCUGCAGUGUCUCGCUACGGGUGGUGUGGCUCUUGUGACAGAGGACGUGGGCGAGAAGCUUCUGCCGAAGUUCUCGAAGAAGGCGGAGCAGAUGAACGUGAACGUGGUGGUGGUGCCCAACGGUUCCAUCGAGCAGCUCAAGGAGCUGGUGGGACUGGUGGCGCGCGGGGAGAUCGAGCCGCCUCCUCACUCAGUAUUCCCAGCAGAAGAAGCACAAGAAGUGGUGAGAAAACUGUGCAAUUCCGAAAUCAAAGGUCGCGCCAUACUCAAAUUUCAAAAUAUCGAUUAAAUAAAUUACUCGGUGCGCUUCGGCAAUCUUCGACCAUUUUCGCGGCUUACGAUUGGUGAGUUCGAAUUACUUCGGUAACGUUCGGGUGACUACGACAAAUGGGAUAGCUUUAUUUGAAUUGUUCGUU